UCCUGCUCAUUCAGUUCCUAACAGUUCGCAAUCAGUGCUCUUAAAUUCACAAGUAAAAGUUGUAAAAGUGAAAUAACAAAUUAUCGGAGAGAUUCAAUCAAGAAAAAUGGCGGGGAAACGGCAAAGGAAGAGUUGGCGCCGGAAGUUGCUGGAGGAGGAUUCGGAGGAGAAAUUGAUGGAGAGGAGGGCUGCACUACAAAAGAUGCUGAUUCAAAUGGAGAGCGAAGAAAGAUACAAUUUUACUGAUACUUCAAAUGGGGAAAAUAGUGAAUCCGAAAUGAAUCAAAGAACGAGACUAGGCUCUCCAUUUCCAACCGCUCGUUCAUUAUCACCAGACAGCGAAAGUUGCGAUGAAGUUAAUAAAUCGGGCCAUCACGGAAAUUGGAGAAAACAGUCCGGCCAUCACGACAAUUGGGGAAAUAAACCCUUUUAUUGUUUGCCAGUUAACAAAAUGCAUCCAUCGACAUCCAGUGGAUACUCAAAAGGUUUCGAUUCCACCUAUUGUAAGCGACGAGAAACUCGAGAAGAUGCAGAUCUUUUCAAAAAUCUUCGAAGAUCAAAAGAAAAAAGUCUUUCAGCGAAACCCCCGGGAGAAGAUGUUUGGAUACCACUAACGUUCUUGGAUCCAUUUCAAAAAUAUGUCGCAAGCGAUCCUGUCGAUCAAAAAUCUGUGUCGAGACCUAAAAAUCCAGAUCUUCGGCGUCGGGUUACAAAAGAUGAAAAUGCGUCAGAAGAAGUGUUUGAUACCGAAGAUUUCGAAGCUAAAGAUCCCCCUAAAGAAGUGAAGAUCGAGCAUAAAAGUAAAAAAAGAAGGGACAGAAAGACCGAGCCAUCAAGAAAAUUAGGAAAAACCUCGGGAAUUUCCGAGUCAUUUUCGAAAAGAUUGAAACAAGAAGUGAAGUUGGAAAAAAUUGAGAAAAACGGUUCUGAACCGCCAAGAAAAGCAAGAAAGAUCGAGAACCCUUCGGAAAAAACCAGAAAAGAGGUCAACUCUUUUGUAAAAUUGGAAACAUCUGCAGAAUUGAAUUUCGAUUCGCGAUCUAGAAUUCUGGAACGAGAAGUAUUGGAACGGGUGAAACAAGAAGUAAAAGUAGAAAAUCUUUCAGAAGAAGUUCAGGGUUCAAGUACCGAAGAUUUCAAUCCCCUGGGAAUAAUUCCGACGGACUUAUUAUUUAGUGCGUGUGUAUCAAUUGCAGCGGAAAUCCCGGAAGAAGCUUUCAGAUCUCUGAAAAAUCUGCAGACUCCUAAAUUGGAAGCGAAGGUUGAAGAGCCGGACGUGAUAACAAUAGAGGAUGAAAAUAUCGAAAAUUCAAUAUCAUCUUCCAGAGAAAGACAAAUGGAUGAUGUGAGAGAGAGCAGUAUUGAUGAUUCCGAAUCCGUUGCGAGUAAUGACAACAUUUUCGAGGCAGUCGUUAAAUCUCUGAUUGAAGAAAAGCUUCAGGAAUCUCUGGAGGAAAAUUCAAGAGAUAAUUCAAGAGCCUCCUCCGAGGAGAAAAAUGAAAAUAAUGGAAGGAAGAAAAUCGAUUUCGGUGAAGAAAUCGAGAAAUUUACGAUAAAGCUCAGAAUAAUUAAAAGUGUUGAAGAAAGGAUGAAAGAGUAUUAGUUUUACGUUAAGAUGUUAUUUUAGGAAAAAAUGUUCAGUAUGUGAAACUCUUGUUUCAAGAGGGCAAAGACAUAAAAAAGACUGUUUAAGUGUUCAACUAGUUUUUGAGUUUACUUAAUUACCUGAGAUGUAAGUUUACGAAAAAGUGAUGUAAGCUGUGAAAUACUAAUUUGGUUAAGUAAUUAUCUUUAAAUAAUAGUAGUUGAACUACUUGCAAAGACUAAUGUUUGUAUCGAUUUUUCAAUAAUAUAAUACCUAAUAUAAUGUUUAAAAAAAUGACAUAAAACAGUAUUAAUAUUACAUAAAUGCCUACUACGUUAUCCAAUUCUGCUUUUAAAAUUUAAGCAGAUAAUUUUUUAUUAUGUAAUUUAAAUAAUUAUGAUUACAAAAUUCUUAUAUUUUAAGUUCCUGUAAAUCCAGAACGAUCAUGAAAUAUUAUUUUCAAACUGUAUAAUUUCUGAAAGUCUUUAUUAACGAAUUAUAAAUAU